AUGAGGCGCGGGCGCUCCCCCGGCUCGGCGUCGCCCUACCGGGCGCUCGCCCACCACCAGCAGGCUGCCUCUCCCGCGACCUUGACCGACCCGACAUCCCUCAUCCGCUCCUUCGACGUCGACACUAAUCCGGCUCGCCCGGUACGGCCCUCCCCCCUCGCAGCCUCGACCAUUCGAGACAUGCCGCUGGACCUAGUCCAGCGCAUCCGGUCGUUUCCCUUGUUCCAGUCCGCCCCGGAGGACUUCCUCGUCGCCAUCGGCAACCACCUUAAACCGCAAAUCCACGGCCCCAACGACCACAUCAUCACCGAAGGCGAUGAAGCCAAGGCCAUGUACUGGCUCGUGCGAGGCGUCGUCGCCGUCACGUCGCGCGAUGGCGAGGCCGUCUACGCAGAAUUGAAGCCCGGCGCCUUCUUUGGUGAGAUUGGCGUCCUCAUGGACAUGCCCCGGACGGCGACCAUCGUCGCCCGGACCAAAUGCCUCCUGGUCGUCCUUAAGAAGGAGGACUUGCAGCUGGUCAUGCCCAAGUUCCCUGACAUGCAGCGCGCCAUUCUCGAGGAAGCUCAAGAGCGGCUUAAUCUUCUCAAGAAGAAGCGCCUCGAGGGAGGCGUCAGUACAAAGUCCCCUACCGGCGAUCUUGCCUCACGAGCUGCCGCGCCUGGCGAGGUGUCGAAAGGCGAAAGUGGCGUAAUUAAGGAUGGCGCUGUUGUCAACUCAAAGAAACGCAAAUCGCCCAGCCCCGGCAUCAUUGAGGACCCGGCCGCAGGUAGUGCCAUUGGAAGUGGCUUCGUCAACAUCAGGAAAACACUUAAGGAGCUGCCCCUAUUCUCGACUCUGCCACCCGAUAUUCUUCACUUCUUGGGACUCAGCGUGCAGCCCAAGACGUACCCUCCAUUCACAGACAUUAUCCGCCAAGGAAGCCCCGGCAACGAAAUAUACUUUAUCGUUCAAGGAGAGGCCGAGGUGAUCCACGAGCAACCUCGAGAGCGCAGCGAGCAUCAGUCAACAGGCGUUCCCAUCUAUUCUCGACCACGUCUCAAGUCUGGUCAGUACUUUGGUGAGGUAGCGAGCCUUGGACUUUCGCCCGGCCGGACGGCGACGGUUCGAUCAAUAACAACGGUCGAAUGCCUGAUGGUCCCGGGCAACGCCUUGGAAGAGCUGUGGCAACGUUGUCCGCCGGAUAUCCGUUCGCAGGUGGAGCAGACCGCGAGAAUACGAUUCGAAAGCCAUCCUGGUGACGAGGACGUUGACAUGGCAGACGCCGACACGAGCGAAAAGGCAGCUUCGGAUCCCGUCACGCCCUCAACGGCGGGUCGGGGCCCACUGCCAAACCUGACCUUCACCACUCCGUCGAUGCCGGCCUCACCCAGCAAGGACGACUCAGACAUCAUGGAACCGAAGGACCCCGACCCCUUUUUGAGCGUCAACAUGGAGAAUUUACGGAACCGGCGGCGACACUCCAUUGCGCCACCCACGCCACAGACGGACUCGAGUGGCCUGCAACACGGCGGACGCUCGUUAAUCGACACAAGCCCCGUAAGGUUUCCCAUCGCUCCCUCACCGCCGGAUACAGAUGUGCGCGUCAAGCGUGCCAAGACAUUGCGGCGGCGGCCACAGUCCCAGUCUUCUAGCGUUGCCUUGCCUGACUCCGUCCUGGUGGGAAUCUUCAAACACUUGGACGUUGGCGAGCUUAUGAAGCUGCGCAUAGUCAGUAGGCAUUGGCGCGAGAUCUUGUCCACGUCUCCUGACGUGUGCAACAAUGUGAACUUGUCACACUACAGCCGUUCUGUGGGCGACGAGGUCAUUAUCCGAUAUCUCGGCCCCUUCAUUGCGGGCCGAGCCGUUACUGUGAAUCUCAACAACUGCUUCCAUAUUACGGAUGAGGGGUUCUCGGCUCUCUGGAAGCAUUGCGGCAAGAAUGUCAAGCAGUGGCGCAUGAGGUCCGUGUGGGACGUCUCCGCAAAUCAGAUUCUCGAGAUGAGCGAAAACUCCAAAGUCCUCGAGGAAGUCGACUGGAGCAACUGUCGUAAGGUUGGCGAUAAUCUUCUCGGCCGGGUUGUUGGCUGGGUCGUGGCGGCCUCUCCGUCGACGAGCAAGAGUGUGGUCAUCUCGUCGAGCCACGCCAAGGACAAGAAGCACGCGAAGAAGGACGAGUCGAAGCACGCGGCGCCCGCGCCAGGAACCGUGUUUGGGUGCCCGAGACUGAAGAAGCUGAAUCUGUCGUAUUGCAAACACAUCACUGACCGAUCGAUGGCGCAUCUUGCCGCCCACGCGGCCAACCGCCUACAGUCGCUCUCUCUCACACGAUGCACAUCCAUCACGGACGCGGGGUUCCAGACUUGGGCACAGCACAGAUUCGAGAAGCUGACGAACCUCUGCCUGGCGGACUGCACCUACCUCUCCGACCACGCCAUCGUGGCACUCGUCAACGCGGCGAAGAACCUGACGCACCUUGAUCUCUCGUUCUGUUGCGCUCUGUCCGACACGUCGACCGAGGUGGUGGCCCUGGGGCUGCCAAGGCUAAAGGAGUUGCGGCUCGCGUUUUGCGGUAGCGCCGUGAGCGACAGCAGCUUGGAGAGCAUCGCACUGCACCUUAACGAGCUGGAAGGCCUCAGCGUUCGCGGCUGUGUCAGAGUCACAGGCACGGGCUUGGAAAAUAUCCUGCGCGGUUGCUCGCGUCUCAGGUGGACAGACGUGAGCCAAUGCCGCAACUUGGAGGCGUGGCUCCGGACAGGGAGCCUGGCAAAAUGGGGCUAUGACGACCGCGCGGCGAAGCCUGUGCUAACGACGGGUCUAUCCCCUGCGCUCUUGCAGGAGGGCAUCGGCGAAAUACCGGUGCCCAAGACGAUGAGCGUGGCGAUGCUCACGACGCCGAGCUUCAUGCCACGGUCCAGUCUGGGAUUCCUGGGCCGGCGGACGAAGCAACCCGUGCGGUUCAUCGUGGAAAAGGGCACCGAGGGGUUGAGAUGA